AUGUUGGGUUGUAUUACAGCAGCUGCUAAAACCUGCCUUGUGAUAGAGUAUUGUGCUAGUCGUGAUCUACUGCGAUACUUGAAGCAAAGGAAAAUCGAGCUGGAAAUCAGUAAAUCCAUCGAUGAGCAAGUUGAAUGUACGAAGGAAAUCAUGAAUUUCGCCUGGCAAAUAGCGCAAGGAAUGUGCUAUCUCGGGCAAAAGAACAUAAUUCAUCGCGAUCUGGCCGCAAGGAAUAUCCUGAUAUCAGGCACGGGUGGGAUGAGAAAUGCGAAAAUCAGCGAUUUCGGGUUGUCUUUCUUAGCGUCCGGGGCUUCCUUACCUGCCCAAGGUAGACUCCCUAUAAAGUGGUUGGCAAUUGAAUGUUUACAGCGUGAAGUGUUCUCCGUGAAAAGUGACGUAUGGUCCUACGGCAUCGUCUUAUUCGAGAUGUACUCUAUGGGAGAGACACCAUUUCACGACAUUGAACCCACAAAUCUCGUUGCACAUUUAGAAGCUGGUAACAGGCCAAAAAGACCAUUAUUAGCAACUGAUAAAGUUGCCGAAGUAAUGAAUCGAUGCUGGGAUAAAAUGCCUGAUAAACGGCCAACAUUCGAAGAAUUACUGAGCCUGUUUGCCACGUUGUUAGAGCAGGUUAGUUCAUCUCUAUAUUGAAG